AUGGCAGACGUUGAACAUAAGAAGAGAACCUUCAGAACUUAUAGUUACAGAGGUGUUGACCUCGACAAACUCCUUACCAUGAAAUUGGACGAGGUUGUUGAGCUUUUGCCAGCACGUAAAAGACGUAAGAUAGCCAGAGGUUGUCUUAACAGAAGAACUGCUGCUUUUAUCGCAAAGCUCCGCAAGUCCAAGGCUGAGUGUCCAAUGGGAGAAAAACCUGUUGCUGUUCGUACACAUUUACGUAAUAUGGUGAUCCUUCCAGAAAUGGUUGGUUCUGUUGCAGGUGUUUACAACGGAAAGACUUAUGUUACUGUUGAAAUUAAGCCAGAAAUGAUUGGAAUGUACCUCGGAGAAUUUUCUAUUACCUACAAGCCAGUACGUCACGGAAAGCCAGGUGUUGGCUCAACCAGUUCUUCCAGAUUCAUCCCUCUUAAGUAA